AGUGAGCGGCGUGUGGUCGUGCGGAGAAGCUGCGGAGCCUCGUCUCUUCGGGUCGGAAACAUUUGUUUUUUCUCUCAAGAUUUUGAUUUUUAACAGUUUCUCAGCAUGGACGUGGUCACCGCCAAUGUGGAGAGCGCCGGGGAGAUGGUGAAGGACGAGCUGGCCGAAAAAUGCCAGAAGUUAUUCCAGGCUUUCUUGGAAGAGUUCCAGACUGCAGACGGGGAGGUGAAGUACGUCCGGGAGGCAGAGGAGCUGAUCAGGCCGGAGAGGAACACACUGCUGGUGAGCUUCACUGACCUGGAGGGUUUUAACCAGGAACUGGCAACCACCAUCCAGGAGGAGUUUUACAGAGUGUAUCCCUUCCUGUGCCGGGCGGUGCGCAACUUCGCUCGGGAUCAUGGGAACGUUCCCCUCAACAAAGAGUUCUACGCUGCCAUCCAGGAUCUGCCAACCAGGCACAAGAUCCGCGAGCUGUCGUCGCUGCGUAUCGGCACCCUGGUGAGGAUCAGCGGCCAGGUGGUCAGGACGCACCCGGUGCACCCUGAACUGGUGAGCGGCAGCUUCCUGUGCAUGGACUGCCAGGGCGCGAUCAAAGACGUGCCGCAGCAGUUCAAGUACAGCCCGCCGACCAUCUGCAGGAACCCCGUCUGCAACAACCGCUCGCGCUUCCACCUCGACACACACAAGUCCAAGUUCAUCGACUUCCAGAAGGUGCGUAUCCAGGAGACGCAGGCGGAGCUGCCCCGCGGCUCCAUCCCGCGCUCCCUGGAGAUCAUCCUGCGGGCCGAGGCGGUGGAGACGGCUCAGGCCGGGGACCGCUGCGACUUCAUCGGGACGCUCAUCGUCGUGCCGGACGUUUCUCAGCUCAGCACGCCCGGUGUGCGAGCUGAGACCGGGUCCCGUGUUGCCGGAGGCGGCCAGGGCUUUGAGACUGAGGGCCUCAGAGGCCUGAAGGCCCUCGGCGUCAGAGAGCUGUCCUACCGACUGGCCUUCCUCGCCUGCCAUGUGGCCCCUACUAACCCACGGUUUGGUGGGAAGGAGCUGCGUGAGGAGGAGCAGACGGCAGAGAGCAUCAAGAGCCAGAUGUCUGUGAAGGAGUGGGAGAAAGUGUUUGAGAUGAGCCAAGACAAGAACCUCUACCACAACCUGUGCACCAGCCUCUUCCCCACCAUCCACGGCAAUGACGAGGUGAAGCGCGGCAUCCUGCUGAUGCUGUUUGGAGGCGUUCCCAAGACGACCAUGGAGGGAACCUCGCUCAGAGGAGACAUCAACGUCUGCAUCGUGGGAGACCCCAGCACCGCCAAGAGCCAGUUCCUCAAGCAUGUGGAGGAGUUCAGUCCCAGAGCUGUGUACACCAGCGGGAAGGCCAGCACCGCCGCAGGUCUGACAGCCGCCGUGGUGCGAGACGAGGAGUCCCACGAGUUCGUCAUCGAGGCCGGAGCGCUGAUGUUGGCCGACAACGGUGUAUGUUGCAUCGAUGAGUUCGACAAGAUGGAGCUCAGGGACCAGGUGGCCAUCCAUGAGGCCAUGGAGCAGCAGACCAUCAGCCUCACCAAGGCCGGAGUCAAGGCCACCCUGAACGCUCGCACCUCCAUCCUGGCAGCAGCCAAUCCCGUGAGCGGGCGCUACGACCGCAGCAAGAGCCUGAAGCAGAACGUCAACCUGACGGCGCCCAUCAUGAGCCGCUUCGACCUCUUCUUCAUCCUGGUGGACGACUGCAACGAGGUGACGGACUACGCCAUCGCCAGGCGCAUCGUGGACCUGCACUCCCGCGUGGAGGACUCAGUCGACAGGAUGUACUCUCUGGACGAGAUCCGCAGAUAUCUGCUCUUCGCCAGACAGUUCAAGCCCAAGAUCUCCAGCGAGUCGGAGGAGUUCAUCGUCGAGCAGUACAAGCGUCUUCGUCAGCGCGACGGCUCGGGAGGCGUGUCCAAGUCGGCCUGGCGAAUCACAGUGCGGCAGCUGGAGAGCAUGAUCCGCCUGUCGGAGGCCAUGGCUCGCAUGCACUGCUGCGACGAGGUGCAGCCCAAACACGUGAAGGAAGCGUUUCGUCUCCUGAACAAGUCCAUCAUCAGAGUGGAGACGCCCGACGUCAACCUGGAGCAGGACGAGCUGGAGGAAGAGGAGGAGGAGGAUGGAAACGACGUUCCUAACGGAGAGAAUGGAAUCAACGGGCACGUCAAUGGCAUCAACGGGAACGUCAAUGGCAUCAACGGGCACGUCAAUGGAAUCAACGGGCACGUGAACGGCCAUGCAGAGCCCGGCGCUCAGCCCAAGCCGUCGCUCCGCCUCUCCUUCACAGAGUACCGCCGCAUCUCCAACCUGCUGGUGCUGCACCUGCGCCGGGCAGAGGAGGCCGAGGAAGAGGAGCAGCUGAAGAAGAGCGCGGUGGUGAACUGGUACCUGAAGGAGAUCGAGUCUGAGAUCGACUCGGAGGAGGAGCUCGUCAACAAGAAGCAGCUGAUAGAGAAGGUCCUCCACCGGCUGGUGCACUACGAUCACAUCCUGAUCGAGCUGUCCCGGGCGGGGCUGAAGGGCUCCGAGUCAGCGAGCACUGAAGAAGAAGAAGUUGUUCUGGUCGUCAACCCCAACUACAGCCUGGAGGACUAAAGGCAGCCGCCGCUCCUCCGCUCACUCUCCCUCCUCCCCCUAUUUGACAUCAAACUCACAUCCAGUUGAUGUCGAAGAUGUUUUUAAUUGAAUGCCCAUAUGUAGGAUUUACAUAAUAACAGCAUUCAAUAUGUUUUUUUUUUUUUUUUUUUCCUGUUUUAGAGUUUUAUCGUCUCUGACGUGCAGAGAUCCGCCUCUGAGGCUCCUUUUUAAAACAAAAGUACUUUGUUUUAGUCGCACAGACUCUUGUAAAUAAGCUGCUCUUAACUCUCCCAGUGGUUGGCUGGCUUUUAUCUGUUUGGUUCUCAGUCAGUGAGAGCCACUUUGAUCUGUGGAGUUGUGUCAAACAGUAAUAUGCUGUUGUUAUGAUAUCUUAAUUGUGUAUUAAAGGCAUACACAUUUUUUUAGGGUUUCAGUUGUUGUGUAUAUUGUAUUAUUGAGAUAAUUACCUGAAAGCUAUGCUUAAGUUGGAUUUUUUUUUUUUUUUAAUGUUAUUACAGGGUAUGAACUAAAUGCAUGUUUUGUGAGCAUCAUGUCCUGCUCUGUACCUGUUGUCCAGU